UUCCACGAACAGUGCAGCAGGACACACCACACUGGAGCGCAGUAUCAAGGUAUGAAGCCAGUCUGACUGAAUAAUGGAUGGAGUCUUCUCCCACACACAGGAUGCAGGGUGAUCUCACUGCUGCGUCACUGUGGAGCCGCAGGAGGAGGGGCGCGAAGUGGGGCUGAGACGAUGCAGUGGGCACACAGACCUUCUCACACAGAGGACAGAGAAAUAACAACCAUGACAGCCUCCUGGAAACAGCUUCCCAUCCACAUCCUCCUGAUUCUGGCUUCCUGCAGACACAUCAGCUCAAGUAAAUCACAUUUAGAAUCUGUGGGUCCAACAGCACCGCCGCUGGCUCUCAUCACCACCUUGCCAACGGACACCAGGAGCGUCGUCCUCAAAGGUGAGAAUACAUUUGAGAAUAUUGAAUUGCUGAGUCCUGUCAAUAUUUCGCUGGAGUGUACCUGGACUGGGAAUCAGAACAAACAGCCCAACAUCACCGGUUACUGGAGAAAAGAUGGAGUGGAAAUUCAGGACAGCCGAGUCACCGUGGACUUGGAGAACCAGCAGUAUAAUCUUAAACAAGUGUUCAGUAUUGUAAAUGAGGAAAACCUUGGAAAUUACACGUGCGUGUUUGGAAAUGUAGCAGAACUAGUUUUUAUUCUGGCAGCUCCGCAGAUAGGAGAGAUCAGAGAUAAGCCCAUCGUCUCCUAUGUGGGUGACUUUGUGGUGCUGACUUGUAAGAUGGAGGAAAACAAACCAACACCCAACUCCUGGAACUGGUUUAAAUACAAUGGGACCGAGAAGGAGCAGAUAUCUGUGGCCACAGAACCUCACCGCUACCUGAUCAGCAGCGAGGGCUGGAAGACCAAGCUGAAGGUGAAGAACGUGAGCGAAGCUGACGCUGGCCUGUAUUACUGCGGCGCAGUGUACGCCAUCAGCACCAGCCUGAGCCACGUGGAGCUGAAGGUAAUCACCAUCCUGGAGCCACUGAAGCCUUUUUUAACCAUCCUGGUUGAAGUUGUCAUUCUGGUUGCUGCAAUUCUCAUCUACGAGAGGAGUCAUUCUAAGAGAAAGGAAGCAGAAGCUGACGGUCCUAAUGCUGACCCAAUGAACACACAACCUCAGGGUGAAGAAAAUGGAGCUGAAGAAAGCAACUCAGUAAGACAGCGCAAAGCCUAAAAGAGACGUCCGCAGAGAUUCAACAAACUCAAGCAUCUGUCAAAAUGUCUUUAGUUUGGAAUGUGAAGAGCUUUACAGCAAAAUAUAAACAGCUAUUUUUUGUAUGUAUCUUAGUCCUUAACAGCAGCUAAGUACUAUGACCUCCACUUAUUCCUUUGACUCAUACACACACAAGCUUCCUGUUUCGACUGUCACACCAAUGAACGUGUUUUCCAGUGGUCACAAACGCCAAAGAGUGAAGCAUUUUGCAGGUUUGCCAUUUGCAUGUUUGCUUUGUAGCAUCUGACACAAACGGAAGAACUUUUUUUUUCAGACUGAAAACCCCUUCCCACCUUGACAGCUGCUGUGUAAUGGGUUGUGGUUUGUGAGCAGUGCCUUAACACUCUCAGAAAGCAAUUGACUAACUGUUCUCCACGCCAGCAAUGAUUUGAUUUCUGUCACCCUAAAUAUAGACGUGUCCAGCGUGUUGUUUACCUUAACACAAGCCGCCAUGGUAACGUCCAUAUCGAAGUACUUGUGCAUCGUUGUCAUUUAGUGUCUUGGAAAAUACAUUCAGCCUUCACUGUAUAAGCAAGCAAUAAUAAUAAAGCUACACAAACUAA